AUGCCUCGUCGAAAAGUACGACCAGAGCAUCGCCAGCGCUCUUCCAGGGCCUGCAAGUCCUGCAAGGCUUCCAAGAUUCGCUGCGAUUCGAAGCUCCCAUGUGCUGCGUGUAUCCGGCGAGACCGACCCGAUGACUGCAGUUAUCCCGGCCCUGGGAAGCCCCGUAAUCACUGCAGUGGCAGCGUGGGAAGCCAGGAUUCAAUACCUCCCCUACUACCUUCGUCUACGCCAUCGACAACGAGUGGCACCCCUCCAUCAAUCUCGCCCACACAAUCCCCUGAGGCAUUGGCCUUGGUUUCAAUAGCAUCGACCACACAGGCUGCUACAAAUCAUGCCCCUUGUCGAGACUCCGAGUCACCCAAAGAACGGUUUGUCACCGGCUCUAAUGGUGAGAAAAUCUACAUUGGAGACACAGCUUCUUUGCCCUUCUUAGACUUUUUGCGCCAGAAGUUGAGACCCUUUGUGGGUUCUACAGCAUUCACCGACGGCCGUCAGAACGCCAUGCUCGAAGACAACGCCGACAAGGCGGAACACGAUGAUAUGAGUCUGUCAUUAGAACAAAGACGAGCUUUAUUGGAGUCAUAUUUUGAGGCGACUAGUGCCCUCUUACAUCUCUUCUCGCCGGCUGAAUUAGAGUACUUUUUGGAGGAUGGCAUAGGUUCUUGCACAUCCGAGAUGAGGAAAAUAGAUGUUGCCGCUUUGGAGAUGGCAGUUGCAAUUGGCGCUCAAGCUCGUGCUUCCGGUCAGGAAGACACACAAUGUGCUGCAGCCUACUUUACAAGAGCCCGACGCGUGGCAUUCGACGGAAUGUUGGUGUCACCGAGCCUAAGCAUGGUCCGAUUAUUUGUCCUUCUUGCAUUUUAUACUCUUGGCGAUUCAGAAGACCUGCUAGAAAAACUUCGCUUAUGGAGUCAAGGCCUACCGCCGUCUCUUCGACAAUUUUCGCCUACCGAGACAUACUCAUUCGAUUCAGCAGAUCGAAAGACCUUUCUGGAGAAGAUACAUGUCUCCAGCCUAUACUACUUCGCAGUCAUUCUCGUCACACGGCCCUUUCUUAUUCAACACUUGAUGUACAAGCUUCGUCAAAAACCAACAGACGAGCAGAAUACUUUGUCAGAUCCCAAAACUCUUGCAGAUCCAAAGAUUGCAGGGUUGGCUCAAGUGUGUAUGAGCUCAGCUGCGUACGUUGGUGAUCUAUGCCAGAAGCUUGCGGUAGUGGCCGAUCUAUCAGAUCUACCGAUCGGAAACCUCUGUCUCUUUAAAGCGUGGAUAUUUAGUGCUGGUUUAAUCCUCGGCUUCUCUUUAUUUACUGGGGAUUCUCGGCCUGAUUUUCAGGACAACUUUGCUGGGGUCUGCGAGGUUCUGAAAAGAAUCGGAGAAGCGAACCCUCAGUCAAGGCUUUAUAGUGAGAUAUUGUGCACAUUUCACGACACAAUUAGGAUACGUCGUCAACAGCUUUCUCACAGAGCUCGGCGAGCAGUUGACCAAUACAUCGAUCAGAUCCUUGUGAUUAACGUCAACGAAGGAGCUGAGCAUGGAGGCCCUACUCCGAUUACUGAUUACGACAACGAAACAGCGCGGACUUCGGGGGGCGAUGUCAACUUGGGAUUGAUUGAACAGGUCGAAUGGGACGAGGGUUGGCUCGCACAAUAUAACUGGGACGAUGUGUCCAUGCAGUUUUCUGAUAACUUCACAAUUGAUCAUACUGCCGGUCUUUUAUGA